CAGUUCACGUACAUGAACCGCCAGAAAACCCAUACAAAACGAAGAGAAAACGCGGCUAGUUUUGCUAGCUUCCAGCUAGCGCAGCAGCAAGUGCUAAAUAGUAAAACAUGGCUGCUGUGCUCACCCCGAGACCACCGUGCGACAGCAACCCUGCUACCCCAGGAUCACAGUCCCUAAAGGAGGACAUAACAGAAGAGGAGUCCAAUGAUGGCAGCCAGCCCCCUAAAAGACGACGAAUGGGUUCAGGGGACAGUUCGCGAAGCUGUGACACUUCCAGUCAGGACCUUGGGUCAACGUAUUUCCCAGCGGAGAACCUAACAGAGUACAAGUGGCCAGCAGAUGAUACAGGAGAGUAUUACAUGCUGCAAGAGCAGGUCAGCGAGUAUCUGGGAGUCACAUCGUUCAAGAGGAAAUACCCUGAUAUGGAAAGGAGGGACCUGUCACAUAAAGAGAAGCUCUAUCUGCGUGAGCAGAAUGUGAUCACUGAGACACAGUGCACUUUGGGUCUAACAGCUCUCCGAAGUGACGAGGUGAUAGACCUGAUGAUAAAAGAGUAUCCUGCAAAACAUUCAGAGUACUCGGUCAUACUCCAGGAGCGUGAGCGACAGAGGAUAGCUAAAGAGUACUCUCAAAUGCAGCAGCAGAACCCUCAGAAGGUAGAAGCCAGCAAGGUUCCUGAAUACAUCAAGAAGGCGGCCAAAAAGGCAGCUGAGUUCAACAGUAAUUUCAACAGGGAGCGAAUGGAAGAGAGGAGGGCUUAUUUUGACCUCCAGACGCAUGUUAUCCAAGUGCCACAGGGCAGGUUCAAGGUGCUCGCUCCAGAGCUGACCAGGACUGGGCCCUACCCAGUUGCUCUAAUACCAGGGCAAUUCCAAGACUACUACAAACGGUACUCUCCCAAUGAGCUGCGAUACCUGCCUUUGAACACAGCUCUGUUUGAGCCUCCGCUGGAUCCAGAUCUGCCCGCACUGGACUCAGAACCUGAUUCAGAUGAUGCAGAGGAUGACAAAAAGAACAAAAACUCUUCUGACAGUUCUUCAGGCAACACAUCAGACGGCGAAAGUCAGGAGGGCGGAGGCCACCAGUCCAAGGCCAAAGAUAGGACAUCCACGCCGGGCAAAGAUGGCAGCCAACGCCACUCCCACAAAGUCACUCCCGGGUACAAGCCGAAGGUCAUUCCCAAUGCUAUAUGUGGCAUUUGCCAGAAGGGUAAAGAGGCCAACAAGCGAGGCAAACCUGAGGCGCUCAUUCACUGCUCCCAGUGUGAUAACAGUGGCCACCCGUCCUGCUUGGACAUGAGCGCAGAGCUGGUGCGCAUGAUCCAGACAUACCGCUGGCAGUGCAUGGAGUGCAAGACAUGCACCGUGUGCCAGCAGCCCCACCAUGAGGACGAGAUGAUGUUCUGCGACAAGUGUGACCGAGGCUUCCACACCUUCUGCGUCGGGAUGGGCUCCAUCCCCACAGGUCUUUGGCUCUGUGAGGUAUGCGACAAAGAUUUCAACACACCCAAGAAGAGAAGCGGAACGAAAACACUGAAAAAGGCCAAGUCUGCGCAGAAAUGAUUUAAUUUAACGGCAUCUGAUUUUAUUAGAUUCUAGAUGGGGUUUUAUCGACUAUUUUGAAAGCGUACUAUGUCUUAAGAGAACUAUAGGCACAACAACAGUUGGAUCAACAACUGGACUUGUCCCUUUCCUAUAAAGCUCUACCAGAGUUUACAUUUUCAAAUGAUCCCUUCUACAACAUUUGUGGGAAAUCACAAUGUCCCAUACGGGUGAGCUUUGCAUAGAACAGGCCCACAGGCUACCUGGUGCUCGUGGACACCAAUGAUGUUGAAUUUCAAGUGCUGUUUUAGGAGAUUCAUCUGUAAUUUUGAUUUUUGCACGCCAUCUAAAUACAAAGACAUGAUGUUAAGACGACCUCACAAAAUUAAUGUUUGGGUCUUACUGUAUACUACUAACCAAGAUGGGGGAGUGUAUUUCCAGGCAUUUGGGUUAGUACAGUAUCCCUUAAUGGAAGUGAUACUGUCGGUCUCGUUUAAUCGUUCAUUUAAAAUAUUUCUAAUUGGAUGGGAGAAUCUGAAUGUUUUAGUGUCUUACUGAGCAGUAUAAUGUUGGCGGCAGUUGUUCUUCAAGUCACCAACGAGUUGAACUUGAAACUGCUGGUUGCAACCUAGUAGUGCACUUGUCUUGCCUGAAUUGCGUCAAGAUGACUCAACACUUCCAGUUGAUUAUCAUGCCUAUCACAAGUAUCCAUGCCUGGUUUAAGAAAAAAAGGAAAAGCUAACUUCCUUAGCAAGAUAAAAAUAACUAGAAAAUAAGAUCAUACGAUAGUUUUAAUAUUUUGGGGUACCUAUAACUUACAUUUUCUGUUUUCGUCAUCAAUUAUGUAUGACAUUGCUGGACUAGUUUUUUUUUCAAUGUUACACAGCUUAUCAACUCCAUUUGACUUUUGAUGUCAGUGUCACUCUUUAACAGUUUAUCUUUCUGUACCAAAACGGGUACGUGACAAGCAAUGAAGCUGUUUUGGCUGAACAAUCUGUGCUUUUAUUGAUCUACUAGUUAAAAAUGAAAGGUCAGUUACAUGAAUUUCAUGUUUUAUUUUAAUGCACAUUUUUAUUCCAACAUGUCUUGAAUUCUAUCAUGGUGCUCAAGAUCUUUUGAAAUGUAGUGUUUGUAGUUUUUUUGUCCUGUUUACUUACCGCAUAAGGGUUAAAACGUGUGUCUUAGGUACAGAUUUUCACGAUACCUACCUUAUAAUGAUGCCUCUGACUGCAGCAAGCCUGUCACAAAGCUCCAAUAAACCAUAUGUUUGGAUUUGACUUGAAAAUUAAAUUGUAUUUUUCUACUUUUCUAGAAAAUGUACUGUAGUGGUAGCAGAUGAUUUGUUCAUGUCAUAGUCACUGAAGUACUUUAUAAAAAAUAAACGUGUAUAUAAUGAAUA